AUGGUUCAUUCAGCUGACAGGAAUUUGAAUAGUAUAAAUGGAAUUGGCAAACCUCGAGAAAGCGUCACCAUGAUGAUGACAGAACUUAAUCGAAUCCUUCAGCACCCAAUUAUCGGGCUACACAAUCGAUCGUACGGGGUUUUUACGGAUCUACUGUUCUGUCUUAUUCAGAGAGACCUAAAGCUGGAUACGAUUAUGGUUCGAGAGACUUAUAAGUUCAUCUGUGGGAGAUUGAUGAAGGAUGAGGUCAAAAAGAUUAUGGUGAUCUCCCACUCGCAAGGACAGAUUAUAUCUCAAAUCGUUGCUACCCAGCUCUUGUCUACCUUCUCCAAUGCCAUAUUGCAAAAGGUCAGCUGGUAUUCAUUUGGCGGUGCUGCUAAUUCAUUUCCAGUGCCGUUCACUGGUAAUGGGAGGAUAUGGGGCGACGUAGAAUACUUUGUGAAUGAUGGCGAUCUGAUAGGGAAACUUGGUGUUUUGAGCGCAAUACCCAAGGAAAAACUCAAGUUGAUCGAGCAUGCCGACCAAGUGCCGAAACUGUUAGGGAAUCAUUGUGGACGAAUCUUUAUUCGUCAAAAUACCCCAGGACAUCUCCUUCUUUCUCACUACCUGGCCCCGGAAAAAUCGAUUUUAGAUGAGUAUCAGGUAAAGCAACAUAGUGGUCUUGUCAAGUACAUCAAUCGUCACCAGACUACAUCUCAAGAGAGUACCACUGGUAAUGUUGACAGGAAAGGCAAGCGAAAAGCAGAUUAG